AACAUCGUAACUCGUACCCGCAGUCCCGUCGAGACGUCGUAAGCGCACCACGCUCCGGUCUCUCACUUUCGCGGGAAAGCUCCACUGCGCGCGCACGCGAAAAACUAAAAGUGCCAGUGCAAUUAUUUAUACAUUUCAUAAUUUUGUGUGCAAUAUAGACACAAAGUAGAUGUUAUUCGUGGUAGCAUUAGGAAGGUAAUCGGGGCAGAUAGUAUUAACGGUCUCCGCGCUCAAGUGUGGCAGACCGCAAGCAUGACGAGCGCCAGGGACUGCGCUCUUGUGCUCCUCUUCUUGAUUCCGGCCGUGUUAGCACAAGACUAUGAUGUAACAGACAUCCAAUGCACGUUCGCCAGUGGCGGGUCUGGGAUCCGAGACUCCGUGACAGCGUUGCUGAGAAAGCCAGAGGGGUUCCGUGGUGCGCCUCUCUUUGCCGACGACCGCACAACCGACCCCAUUGGCGACCCCGUGUGUCAAAUCAGACCCGAACCUGAUGACCCCACCGGGUUGCUCUACAGGCUGAGAAUUAACGACUUCACCAAAUGCGGUGUUUUGAAAAGAAAUGGCUUCGUGCACGUUCGAAUCUGGUUCCCGCAGUUCCCAGGGGUGGUGAUGCAGUCGGACCAGGAGCUCAUCAUCAUGUGCAAGCCUCCAGAGCCGACCAUCAUAGAGAACAAGGCAGCUGGCUUUGCUGGUAGCUUAAAACUUUCCAGUCCUCACGGCGCGCGCGUGUCCGGUGUGGUGGAGGAGACGCCGGGCCGCCUGGAGUACGAGGUUGCCCUGUACAAGGAGGCCCCCCCGGUCUCACGCCACUCCAACCUGUCCGUGGACAUGCCUGUCGACCAGGUAAAUACUGCUGUACCAAUUGGCACAAAACUUCAGCUGCGAGCUCGCAUCAACCCCGACUCUGCGUGGCGCCACAUAAAGCUGCUGGAGGUGGCCGUCUCGCCUGACCCGGACCGACCACACGCGCCUGGUGCUGUUCUAUUGGUAAAAGAUGGAUGCCGGAACCGAGAUUUCGCCUCAAUCAUCCCGCACCAACCAGCGCGGUACCGCGAGCGACACAACGAAGUGUUCCUAGACUUCGAGGCGUUCCUCCUGGCGUCUAUGAAGGAGCGCUCCACACUUUGGAUACACUCGCAGAUCAAAGCCUGCAUGGACGUUGCUGACUGCCAGCCGGAUUACUGCCUAGAUUUGUUUGAACCUUCAGGUCACGGUCGGCGCAGAAGAUCGCUGCCUGAAUCCAGUUCGUCGUACAACAUAACCAGCUCCGCUCUGGUCGCUGACAAUGGCACCACACCGUUCACGAGGUUCAAAGAGAACCUGGAGUACACAGUUGUGAUGCCUGGAGAGCUGUUCCACCGGACGCAGUUGGAGGGGAACUGCGCUACCUCCAUGAUGGUUGCCGUCGCAUUGGGAGCGUUACUGUUCAUGUCAGCAUUGCUGAUGUGCUAUCUGGCAACAAAAUUGAAUUCAACGAUGCUCAAAAAUAGCAGCCUACACGCGCCUUCAGGAAAAGGUUUCGAGCAAAUACUACGAGAACUGGCACAACAUUCGUUGCCCGAAACGGGUUAUACGGGUCGACCGACCGUGCAAUGAUUUGAAUGUAUAUAUUUUAUUAUAAUAAAAUAAUAAGGUUUAUUGAAUACAAACGGAUCAAUAAAACAAUAUAAAAGACGUCUGUAAAGUAGGUAUUUUAUUGUACUUUAUAAGUUUAUACUUUAUCGGCAAUUAUCUAUAUAUAUUUACAAAUUAUUUAAUUUAAAAUGGUUGUUUGUUUACGCGAGCCACACACGAUCAAGUAUACUAAGUAGUUUACCUAAAUAUUUACUUUUCUAAACCAUACCCAUAACCAUUCAUAGCAUCAAUAGCUCAACGGUAAGAGCGGUCGGACUUACCGCCGAGGGGUGGUGGCUCGAUCCCCGCCCUGUUGGUCUAUUGUCGUACCCACUCCUGAUACAGUCUUUCCCGACUAGUUGGAGGGGAAUAGGAAUAAUGACCAUAUUUAAAAGAUAUGGCAAAUAUUCUUUUAUCAAAAAAAAAAAUACCCGUAAGCAUACUUUGGUAUUUUUUUCACUAGGUACCCACAUCCCUAAGCGCGCUGCAACUUGACGGUAAACUUGAUCAUGUGUGUCUGGCGUUACAUAUGAUGUCAGUGGCGGAUUUACCCUAAGGCUCAGUAGGCCUAGCCUAGGUCAGCCAGAAGGGGCAGCAAUUCGUGACAAAAAAUUUGGGAAUAAGCAAUGAGUAACAAAAUUUCACCAUUAUAACAAUAAUUUCUAAUUGUAUAACGUCC